AUGAGGGUUUUCCGGAAACUGUGCCCCAUUUCUCGUAGGAACGACGUGUUCAACAUCCUCCUAUCCAGGCGCUUGGCUCUCCCUUGUACAUUUAUAUCUGACACCGAUUCAUCAACCUCUGAUGAUUCUUCCUACGACUCUGUGUCGGUCUCUCAACCCUCGGUCACCAUUGCCCGACGUUGCGCUUGUUCCUUUGGUACUACGACAGGUGCUCGUGAUGUUUGCUUACCCAACAGAAGGAAGUAUUCCUUUUCGCGGUGUUGGUACAGUAAAGAGGAGAUGCUGAGCAGGGUAUCCCUUGUCCUCAGUGAGCGAGGGUGGGAUUGCGGCUACCUGAAUGGACCCAAGAUUCAAUUGGACGCGUCGCAUGUGUCCUUGAUCAUGAACGCGCUUUUUGAUGGAACCUCAGAUGCCGCCCUUGCUUUCUUUUUCUUCAGAUGGUCUCAGAGACGCAAUGGGUCCAACCAUGAAACCCAUGCAGUGUGCACAAUGAUCCACAUUUCAGUGUUGGGGAAUAUGAACCACAUUGCAAUGAAAUUUCUUCGUGACCUUGUCAGAUGUAGGAGAGGAGGAUCCCAUGAUUCUCUCUUCCACGUCCUUAAGGAAACCAGUAAGGACAGAAAGGCUACGGAAACUGUGUACAGUAUGCUCCUUAGUUGUUAUUUAGAUCAGGACAUGUUAGAUGUUGCUCUUAAAUUAUUAGAUGCCAUGAAAGUCCUUGGCAUGUACCCGGCUGCUGGAGUCUGUAUAGCCCUUAUCAAGAGAUUGUUGAAAUCAAAGAACUUGGAGUUAACUUUCUCGGUAUUUGCAGAGGCUCUGUACCAUGGAAGGGAUUUAAUUAACCAGACUCUAAGCUUACUUAUUCAUCACUGUUGUGUUCGAGGUAAUCUUGCAGAUGCUUUUAAGUUGUUCUCUGAAAUGUAUAAAUAUGGAUGCCAGCCUGAUGUUGUCUCGUACACCAUCAUAAUUGAUUCUCUCUGCAAAAGUGGUUAUCUUAAAGAGGCCACGUCUCUGUUACACAAGCUGGGUCAGGAGGGUAUAUCUCCCGACUCCCUUUUGACUUCCUCAAUCGUCGAUGGCUAUUGUAAGGCUGGAAGAUUAACAGAGGCAGUGAGCGUUCUGAAGGUUUUAGAUUGUGCGCCUGAUGAAUUUAUCUAUAAUAGCUUCGUUCAUAGACUAUGUGAUGAGGGGAAUAUGCUGGAAGCUACUGAACUGGUCAAUGAAAUGUCUGAAUCUGGUGCAUUUCCUGAUUGUUGCAACUGGACUACGGUUAUUUAUGGGUACAGUCGAGCAAACCAGGUCGGUCAGGCUCUGAAAAUUUUUGGUGGAAUGUUGAAGAGAGGAAUUAAGCCUGCGCUGUUGACUUACACAGUUUUGAUUGACUGCUACUGCAAGCUAGGCGACGUGCGGGAAGCUGAGUCUUUGAUUAACGUAAUGGAGAAAAGUGGAUUGAGACCAGAUCUCGUUGCAUAUAACGUGUUGAUUUAUGGCCACAGCAUGAAGGGAGAGAUGCAGAAGGCUUUCAAGGUGUUGAAUGUGAUGAAGGCAGGCGGCAUUUAUCCUAAUCUUGUGACUUAUAAUAUUCUUAUCCAUGGUUUUGUCAAGAAAGGUUCUCUGAUGGAAGCUAGAGAAGUUUUGACUGAACUCUCUGGUAGAGGUUAUUCCCCUGACCGGUUUACAUACACAAUCUUGAUGAACGGUUUCUUUGAGGCUGGCAAUUUCCAAGAAACAUUUCAUAUAUGGUCUCACAUGAGUAAGAGUGGCAACAGACCUGACGUUAUUAGUUGCAGUGUUCUUUUAAGUGGUUUCUGCAAGGCACAACGCAUGCAGGAGGCUCAUGCUUUCUUUCGUAAGAUGCUGGAAGAUGGUUUAUCCCCUGAUUUGGCACUGUACAAUAUUCUUCUUUUUGGUUUCUGCAGAGAAGGUGAUUUGCUGGAAGCCUUUCGGUUACUAAACAUGAUGGCUGAAAAUAAUAUCAUUCCAAAUUAUAUUACUUAUUCGGCUCUCGUUCAUGGUCUUAAGAAAAACAACGUCCAUGAUUCCAAGGAAGUUGCUGCCAUCAGAAUACAGCAGGCACUUGCGAAAAAUAAUAUUUUUGUUGACAACUCCACAUAUGUGGCUCCGUGUGCCUAA